ACAGAGUGGCUUUGAAUGCAGAACAUCACUGGACACCGACAGGAGGGCUGCUGUCAGUUGGUCUGUGUGUGUGUGUCUGUAGUGAAACCAGACCUACCUCUGAUCCCUGCACCACACACACUCCUCUAUCUGCUGCCUUUUUCUUCCUCUGGUUCGAACCCCCCAAUAGUGCGGAUGAGGGUCUUGGAGAGCUGACCGAUGGAGGUCAGGAGGCUGUGAUGUGUAACUUGUUGGAUUAAACUUUCCCGAGGCUCAGCAGCAGCAGCAGCAACAAUGGACUGGAGCCAGGAGGCGUGAAGUUAAAUGACUGGAGAAUCGGAAGACACUAAAAGCAGCCACCCUGUCUUGGCUCGAUUGUAGAUCUGUGUCUGGACAUCGUCCAGGACUUUGUGUUGGUGCUUGAGUGUGUGCAGCCCAUGUUGGUGGCGAGCGAUGCGGAUCUGACCAAACUCAGCGCUCCGAUGCCCGCUGCUAUGCUCCCGUGUCCUGCGCCAGCCGGGUCUGACUGGAGCUUCCAGAACCCGGUGGGGGUGGACUGCAGCUCCCCCGAACCUCGUUGCAUUUGGCUGGCGGUUCUACGUGGAGCCACGACCUCGGAGCCACCCACUUCGCCACCUGCCAUGCCUAUUGGGCACAGCCAGAGCUCUCAUCAGCCCAGGGCUAAGGGGCGGAGGGAUGGUUUCUCCUCAGCCGGUGACAACCCUCGGCCGCCGAUGGCGACCCGGCCGGGAAGGGAGGGGGUCGGCAUGGGCUGGAAGGGUCCCCGGACGCUGGUUCUCCAUAAGAACUCCCAGGGUUUCGGUUUCACAUUACGCCACUUCAUCGUUUAUCCUCCAGAAUCCGCUUUGCACACUAACCUCAAGGAUGAGGAGAACGGUAACGGAAAGGGGUUUCAGAAAGGUCAGUUGGAGCCAAUGGACACUAUAUUUGUGAAGAACGUGAGAGAAAAGGGUCCGGCCCAUCAGGCAGGCCUGUGCACAGGGGAUCGUCUGGUGAAAGUGAAUGGAGAAAGUAUUCUAGGAAAGACGUACUCACAGGUGAUCGCCCUCAUUCAGAACAGUGAGAGCGUGUUGGAGCUCUCCAUUAUGCCAAAGGAUGAAGAUGUGCUUCAGUUGGUAAGUGCAUACUCCCAGGAUGCCUACCUGACGGGUAAUGAACCGUACGCUGGGGGAGCUGAAAACCUUCCGCCGCCACCCCCCCUAUGUUACCCACGCUCCAAGACGACGUCGGUUUCUGGAGCUCCCCUCUCAUCCCCCAUGGGCCAGAACCAGCUGGAUAACUGGAGUCGCUGGCCAGGUUCUUCCAGCCCCUCAUCACCCUUGGACAACCGAUCUGCUGUGUGCAGCCCCGCCAGCUGGCAGGAGGGGCGGCCAGGCGAGCCCGGUGGUGUGGGUCACAGCAGUCCAGCCCACCGCACAGAGGAGAUCCAGUACGGUAUGACCAGCCAGCAGCCUCAGGGCCAGAUUAGGGGACGCUCCUACUCUUCGUCUUCCUCCUCCGGAGGCCCUUUGUCCAGCCCGCUACAAGUUCACUACCCCAACCACCAUGGUGCCAGCUCUUCACAGGCUCAGCCACGCAAGUCCAGCUCAGCCUGGACCAGUCCCCCUCAGCCACAGGUCAGCCACAGCCGCAGUGACCGCUGCCAGCAGGCCCUCUCUGACUGGUACUACAACCAGCAGCCGGAUCGCUCAGUACGCAAGAUGCAGACCCGCCAUCGGAGCUACUCUCAAGACCGGCUCAGUGAAUCAAGGAGGCAGCAGCAGCGUACAGGUGGCUGGCCACACAGCGCCUCCCAGGACACGCUGCUCUUACUUCAGCAGUCAGGACCCGGACCCCAAGGGGAGCCAUACUGGACCUACGGAGAGCACACUGCCACUAACUAUACUCGAACACGCUCGGAAAAUUUGCUCGCCUUCUACGACCACCAUGGUCGCUCGUCAGAGAUGUUGGACCGAGGAGCAGCUGGACUGGUCUCGCCUCGGAUUGACAGGCCCGCGUGGCUCCAGCAGGCCCCCCAGCCUCCCCCGAGGACUGACGCUUACCACAGGCAGGGCAACCAUUUUAGCGCAGCGCAAGCUCCUCAAGUGUCCCGGCAGUCACAGCCAACCUCUAAACACCACCCGCAGACCCACACCCAGCCACAGCCGGCGCCCACUCAGAGCAGGCGGCUUCCUCCUGGACAGAGCGUGGACGACCAGCCGGUGGGCUACCGUAGCUACAGCCCAUCUUUUUACCGCAAAACAGGCCGCAUCCUGCAGCAGGCUCAUUCGUUCAGGGACCCUUCAUACUCUGGCCCCCACUUAAACUGGAACCCAGUACCUAAAACCAGCCCUCCAGAGGGGACGCCAGCACCUCCCACUGCCUCCACCACAACUCCAGUUGCCUCCGCCACGCCUGAAUCCCAGGACAGAGGGUACAGGCCAACAAACCACGAGAGGGAACGAGGGGCAGUGGAAGGGCAGGCUGAAUUGGUGGCACAGACCCAGGAAGUGGUGAUGAGGCAGAAACCCCCCACCGGGCGGAGAAAUGUCCAGGGUAUGCGUCACCCUCACUACGCCCUGCCUUUGGAUGGGCUAGAACCCUCUUUGUUUUCUCCUGAUCCCAAAGACUCAGCCCCAGCUCCCGGUUCCACAGGAGAUGUAGCCUCAGGCAAACCAAAUGGAAACCUUGCUCCCCUCCCACUAGAGGAUGACUCUCUGGCCUCCAUCCCCUUCAUAGGCAGUAUUAAAUCCAGUCGCCGUUCCUCCUAUGUUCUAGCCAUCUCCAGCGAGCGCUCCAAGUCAUGUGACGAAGGACUCAACACGUUCAGAGAGGACGGACGAUCCUUUAGGAGGCUUCCAAAAAGAGUGAAGAGCUUCUUCACAGAUGGGUCUCUGGACAACAUCGGGACAGCGGAGGAGGUUCGGUCGAAACGUCACUCCACCUCGGAGCUGGGAAACAUCACUUACAGCGAUGUACGGCGAGAAGGAUGGCUGCACUACAAGCAGAUCCACACCGAGAAGGGCAAGAAGGUAGGCAGCGCCAUGCGUCCGUGGAAGCGCGUCUUUUCGGUUCUUCGCUCCCAAUCGCUGUUCCUCUACAAGGAUAAGCGGGAGGCGGUGCUUCGCGGAGCCACGAUUGGAGGUUCGGCCGAGGAUGAGCAGCCGAUCAGCAUCCGGGGCUGCCUGGUGGACAUCGCGUACAGCGAGACCAAACGAAAGCACGCCCUCCGGCUGACCACCCAGGACUUCUGUGAGUACUUGCUGCAAGCGGAGGACCGGGAGGACAUGCUGAAUUGGAUAAAGCUCAUCGGGGAGAACAGCAAGAUAGACAACGAGGAGCUCGGCUUUUCCAGGCAGGCCCUCAUUAAUAAGAAGCUUAAUGACUACAGAAAACAAAGUCCAGCUGUCAACAAGCCAGACUCCUCUCCCAAGUUGUCCCGUAUGAAGCCUCCCUUCCUGCUCAAUAAGACGGAGAACGCUGCUGGAGCGCCACGCUCACCCAAACCAGACGGCAAAGAUGAGAGCAGCCCUCCAAAGUCUCCAUGGGGAAUUAACAUCAUGAAGAAGGCAAAGAAAGCUGGGCCCAAAGCUUUCGGUGUGAGGCUGGAGGAAUGUCAACCCGGUACAAAUAACAAGUUCGUUCCAAUGAUUGUGGAGAUCUGCUGUGGCCUCGUGGAGGAGAUGGGUCUGGAAUACACCGGCAUUUACCGAGUCCCGGGGAAUAACGCCAUGGUGUCGCUGCUCCAGGAGCAGCUCAACAAGGGCGUGGACAUCAACCCUGCAGAGGAGAAGUGGCAGGACCUCAAUGUCGUCAGUAGCUUACUCAAAUCCUUCUUCAGGAAACUCCCAGAGCCACUCUUCACCAACGACAAGUACAACGACUUCAUCGAUGCCAAUCGGAUGGAAAAUGCAUCCGACAGACUGAAGACCAUGAAGAAGUUGAUCCGCGACCUCCCAGAUCAUUAUUACCACACUCUCAAGUUCCUGGUUGGUCACCUGAAGACUGUAGCUGACAACUCGGAUAAAAACAAGAUGGAGCCUCGUAACUUGGCUCUCGUGUUUGGGCCGACGCUGGUUCGGACGUCUGAGGACAACAUGAAAGACAUGGUCACUCACAUGCCCGACCGCUACAAGAUCGUAGAAACGCUCAUACAACACUGCACCUGGUUUUUCACUGACGAGCUAGACAAGGAUGAGAAGACACCAGUGGACACGGAGGACGUGCAGCCCGCCCCCAACAUCGACCACCUGCUCUCCAACAUCGGCAGGACCGCUCUGCUCGGCGAAGCCUCGGAUUCAACCAACAGUGAUUCAGCGAAAUCAAAGGGGUCGUGGGGGUCAAAGAAGGACCUCACAGCCAAGGAAUUCCUGGCUCUGUCCAUCAUGUCAGCGGUUACUGGCCGCAAACGCAGGAAGCGCCAUAACGCCCGCCGCGUGGGCAGCAGCACCGACGACGACUCUGAGCAUGAGCCGAUCAAAGCUGGACAUUUAGGGGCAGGAGAGGAAGAGGAGGUGGAGUCGCCAGUAGGAGACACUGCUCCUCGAGCAGAGGGAGAGGAGGAUGAUGACGAAGAGGAAGAAGAGGACGAGGAGGAGGAGGAUGAGGAAGUUGUAGAGAGCGGAGUGAAAGAGGAGGGACAAGAGGAGCCGGCCGUGAAACCCAAUCGGUUGUCCUGUAAAGUGGAAGAGGAGGCGGGAGGAAGGCAGGCAGCCAUGUUAAACGAGGAGGAGGAGGUGCAGGCGGAGGUGAAGGGGCCUCAGUGGCGAGCUCCAGAGGAUGCUCGCUCUAUAGUUUCAGGUUACUCCACCCUCUCUACUUUAGGGCGGAGCUUGGGAUCUGAGGGGAGGGGGGACGAUGCUGACGAUGAACACAGCGAGCUGGUGAGCGAGACGGAUAACGAGAGCGGCUUCGCCUCGCGCUCUCUUACACAGGAGAGACCCGACAAACACCCGACGCCACCUGUAAACACGCAGCUGUUGGCGCCGCCGCGGAGCUUUCUCUACACACACUACAAAAGCCCCGCUCUGUCAACCAGUAACAUUCUCACCCCACCCGCUUCCCUCACACAGACACCAGACUCCGCGGAGAGGAGCGACGGAGGGGCCCGCUCCACCACACCUUCUACCUCCUCCUUCUCGUCCUCCUCCACCACUCACAGACUGCACUCGCGGCCUUCCUUUAACUCCCACAAGCUGAUCCAGUGCGACACUCUGGCCAGGAGGAAGCUGAAGUCUGAGAAAAACAAGACUCGCUCCCCGGACCUGAUGGAGUCUCCCGAGGGCACGGCUCCAUCCGAGGGCUCCGGCUCAGGAACGGAAGGUGCACCCACAGCAAAGAGGGAUACCUCCAGAACCAACACUUCCUCAGGCAGCAGCCAGGAGAGUCUGCGCCCAGCCCGACCCAAGCCUGCCGCGCUGCCCAGCGAGGCCGCUUCCUUCACUCCGACCGGCCCGGGCGGGAAGUCGCUGGCCGAUCAGGUCCGCGCCCGACUGCUAGGCUCAGCUGACAACCUGCACCGCGUCGGACUGCGGAAACCACCGUCACCCGAGACGCGCAGGAAGAAGCGGGCUUGGCGCAGACACACUGUGGUGGCUUCCCCGACUGAGAUGUCCGAUAAAAGACCCCAGCUGAUUGUCAGCGAGUUCCCCUUGUCUCCUAUCAAUCAAAACCAGGUCAAAACACAAGGGCUGCCUCGGGAUGCAGAAGGUCUCGACCAAGGACCCGCUACACGUCAAGCACCCACCUCCAAUUUCCACCAGUACCUUUGAACCCUGACCCCAACCACCGCUCCAAGAAAAGAGGCCAAAGCUGCUGAUUCUCAGUUUGUGCGUAGGGAUGGGGGAGUGGAUGUCCAGCUGAGCUGCUGACGGCCUGCAGGUCAGUAAACUGGCAGCAGUGCAAACGGGGAUGUGGUUGGUGGACAGGUGAAAAACGGCCCACCUUUUUUGUUAUUGUUGUUGUUGUUGUUUUUUUACUUUUCAUUGAGCUCCGUUUGCAUGGCAGGGUGCGUUCCAGUGUUGCCAAAGCUUUCAUUUUCUUUUUCCUUUAAGUGUGCUCUUAUAGAAACGAUAGGACAGAGACACAAACAGACGUCAUCACGGUCGACGUAAGAGCCAAGAAUUCUGAUUCGAGUAACAACUGAGCAUCCCUCUUGUCUUCUCUUCCUUCCUGUCUGGAUCACAGAUCACGUAAAUUAAAAGUUUAAUCGACUAGACGAGGAUGCUGAAAUGCAGCUUCUACAUUUAUUAAAAAAAAUAAAAAAUCAUAUAAAACCAUUUCAGGAGGGCAAACAACUGAUUCGUCAUAUCAGUCUUCCUUACGUUUCCCCUCUGACCAUUCACACUGUAAAACUCCACCAAACUUCAGCUCCCAAACACAUGAAAUGCAGUUGUCUCCCUCUACUUGUUAAUAAUGCUUAUGUGUGUUUGCCCAAAAAUAUUCGUGACCAUGUCUAAACGUGCAGGUGUUUGUGUUAAACGAUUUUUGUAACAUUUGUACAAAGCCUUGUUAAGUUAACCCUGUAAAUAUAAAUAUUAUGUUAUAAUAUUUGUUUGUACUUUUUUUUUUAGGUCUUUUUUUUUAAGGUUUACAAAAGUGCAAAUAAGUGCACAGUCGUUUUUUUGUUUGGUUUUGUUUUCAAGAUGUUACUUGAAAUGUUUCCCUUAAUAUAUUAUUUGUUUUUUGUUUUAUAUUCAAUAUAUAUAUAUAUAUAUAUUAAAUAUAUAUAUUUUGUAUUAAAGUAAAAUUUAUUGCAAUUUCACCUCUUGGGUGUACCUGUUUAAAGGAGACGAGAUAAACAAGACUAAACGUAUUCCUUAUUUCCUCAUAGAUGGCCUUUCUGAUUCACAGCACUGUGCAGGAAACCUUUAUCUCACGAGAUAAGUCUUAUAAUAAAGAUUAUCUCGUGGCUAGUCACACAAAAUGUACAAAACACUCUGUAGUAACAACAUGUAGCAAGUUCUGAAUUUUAAUCAGGUAAUUAUUAUGUGAUAUCGGACAGUUUGCAGACAGCUGAUCAUGCCGCCAGGGCUUCAAGUGUGGGAUUACUGAGCAUUGCCUCAACAGAUCAGCUCAUAUUCACUGAACACAGGAGCUCAAAAGAAGAUGCCUGACAGUGUUUAACAGACUGGUUUAGGAUUUUCUUUUUUUUUCUUUUUUUUUGGUGUUUUCAGCACACAAGGUCAGGUUCUAAUAAAUCUUCCCUGAGUGGGGAAAUGGUACGUUGGAGGAAAUGAAAAAAGAAGAACAAGAGUCUGUUGUUUCUGUCUCGUCUUGACCGCAGAACCAAUUUGCAGUAGCGAAAAAAACACGACCCGAGCGAGAGGUGCAAAUUCAGAAGUCACAAAAGGCUCGCUUGUUUCCUUGCGACCAAAUAAUAACCCAGUGAAAGAGAAGAAGAAUGAUAAUAAUAAAUAGGUUCUAGUCUCGUCUUACCUCAAGGUUUUUUCUACAAGUGCCUGAUUUCUGGAAUGUGUUUUUGUUCUGCAGUGCCAUGCUCUGUUCUUAUCCUUCCAUUUCCUUUUGUUAUUUCUGGGUCUCCUCCCCUCCUCUGCUGUGGUUGACGGUAUAAUUGAGGCACUGACCCAAAGAUGUGUACAUUAAAUACAAGCAGUCUAACAGAGAGGCUGUGCAAAACAAAAUAAAAGAAAGAAAGAAAAGUAAAGCACACUUCAAGCCAAGGACACUUCUAUGCACUCCCUUUGCCUUUAACAGAGGAGGGGAAAAGCAUAGUAUUCUCUCAGCUGUUUCUUUUGUUUUUUUUUUUGUUUUUUUUAACAAACUGAGGUCACCUCUCUAUGCCUAAUAAUCCACAGUGUGUGAAUAAGGUACACCUAACACACCCCACCCUACAACUGCAUUAGGUCAUGCCAGACAGCAUCCAGUUUCCUAAAGAUGAACAAAAACCUCAUCAAAGGGAAACGUCGACAGUCUGAAAUGUGAUUUUACCUUUUGUGUCGUUGUUGUAUUUUAAAAGCGUUUCUUUUUUUUGUACAUACUAUCUUAAUAUGUAACAUAUUGUAUUGUGUACAUUUGGAAUUGCUUUCGAGUAUGACUAAUAUGAAAAUGACUGGACUAAAAGAAAAAAACAAAUUAAAAAAAAAAACAUGGUUGUCCGCCUGAACUCAUUUCCCUCGUGGCUGUGUGCUUAAAAGCAGGUUAUAUGAUGUAAAUAAACAGAACUAUGUUUAAAAAAA